AUGGCGAUCAUCAAGAGGGUCCAAGUCAGCAUCGUCAGCGGCGGCAAAGAGUUGCCAGAAUAUCGCCCUCUCAACGAGGAUACUUGUGAAGGCAUGGAGGAUGCGUCUGAUGAUACUCAAGUGAAAUACAUCCAAGGCAUCCCCGAUGCGAAUUUCAUGAUCAGGUAUAGAGUCAAGAAGAACUUCCGUUUUGGAAGAGCCAAUGCUGUGAAUUUCAAGUGCUUCGUUGACGGGAAAUACGUUCGGGGGCGAGUUUGCACGAAAGAUAUGUACCGAAAAGAAGGUGGUGUGUUCAAUCGCACCUAUGAGGGUCCCAGUGGACUAUCCAAUAGUGGCCAGCGAGUUCGUCACCUGUUUCGCUGGGCUAGCCUGGCCUCGACUGAUAAGCCCUGCGGGCAAGAAGACAGAGAAAAAUACAAGGAUCUCGGUACUAUUAAAGUGGAGGUCUGGCGGGAGCAGGGCGGCUUCACUGCUCAGCCAUCUCGUGUAUGGAAAGGACUCAGUCAGAAUCAAGUUCCCGAGAAAGCCAUCAAAGGCGAAGCAAUUGAUCUCAGAACCUGUCUCGACACUCGUCGACCGAGCGAAGAGUCGAGCAAGUGGAACGGUGCCAACGUCGAUGACAAGCCCUAUGCAGUCUUCAUUUUCAAAUACCGAGGCAACGACUCGUUGAAAGCUCUUGGCAUCCUCGAAAGACCUCAAACGCCACAGCCAUUGGAGGAGAGAGAUAUCGAGACCCUCUCUCCAGACGAGCUCAAAGAAAUGGCUCGAAGAUACAAGGCAGAACAAGAAGCAAAGAGAAUCAAGAUCAAAAAGGAGAAUGCGGAGAUCAACCUUGCCCAGCUUGCUGAUCUAAAGAGAGAGAGGAAAGAUGUAGGCGAUGACGAGGAUGAGGUCGAAUUUCUCAGCGAGCAGCCGGUGAAGAGAGUCUGCAGCAUUGGACCUGUCAUUGAUGAUUCGGAAUAG